GACACGAUGGCGAGGUUGGGCCGUGUAAGGCGGUGCGGACUUCUACCCGCUUUGCUUCUAUUUGUCGUAGGACAGACAUGGAUUAUCUUUGUAUCUCUGCCAAAUUCCCCGCGUCUGAUGGAGGGGGACCUUCGCGACACCGUCAGUAUGCAACGCUUCGAGACAGCAAGGCUGGGUGCCAUGCAGGACGAUAUAUACACUGCACAGCUACAUCAGACUCUACAAAGAAUUCUCGAUCGUCAUCGAGGGAGGAUCGACACCGCUAAGUUCAACUACAACGUAUCUCUCGGAGACACUUUGUCUCUCCGGCGUCCAGUUCCGGAUAAUAGGAACCCGGAAUGUCAUUACACCAAGUUUCCAUACGAUUCGUCAAUAACAGUAUCCGUAGUGACCAUCUUCCACAACGAGGCUCUGUCCACUCUUCUCCGGACUGUCCAUAGUAUUAUAGACAGGUCGCCCACGGAAAACCUCAAGGAGGUUAUUCUCGUAGACGACGCCAGCACCAUGUCAUAUCUUCAGAGCGAUCUAGAUAUGUAUUUGUACAUGGUACCCAAAGCCAGGGUGAUACGGAACGAGGAGAGGGAGGGUCUGGUCAGGUCGAGGAUGGCUGGUGCUGGAAAUGCCACCGGUGACGUAUUGGUGUUCUUUGACGCCCACAUGGAGUGUAACACGCGCUGGCUGGAACCUAUGCUUCACGCGCUCCAUGAAGAGCCUAAUGCAAUUGUACAACCGGAUGUUGAUGUAAUAAAAGCUGACACAAUGGAAUAUUUUAGUUAUAAGGACGGCGAACGUCGCUCCCGUGGAGGAUUUGGAUGGGACCUCAGAUAUGCAUGGUUUGAGGUUCCAGAAUUCGUUGAAUUAGCGUUGAAGUCUAAAACAGAGCCGUUUAUUACACCCGUCCUGGUGGGAAACGCCAUUGCCGUUCGAAGGGACCACUUCUUCAAAAUCGGAGGCUUCGACCAGGGGCUUGACAUCUGGGGAGGGGAGCAUUUUGACCUUUCCUUCAAGAAUUGGCUGUGUGCCGGGAGAGUGUUGACCGUCCCUUGUUCCAAAGUUGGCCAUCUCUUCAAAUUAGGCGUCCAGAGUUACAGUUUCGGUGGCGAUCGACAUACCGUCAUCCUGAAAAACCUUAUGAGGGUAGCAGAAAUAUGGAUGGACGAAUAUAAAGAAGUCUUCUAUAGGGCGACUGCAGGACGAAACCGGGUCCUUCCUGAAUUUGACCAGGAUUCAAUUAUAAUGCAUAAAGGCUUGCUAAAAAGUAUGGAUUGUAAACCGUUCAGUUGGUUCCUCAAGAACGUACUUCCGGAACAAAAAGUGCCCCCUAUCGACGCCGAAUUCUUUGGGGAGAUAACCAAUUUAAAAACUAAAGCCUGUCUUGUUGUUCUAAACGAUGACGUUUAUAUAGGGAUGACGUAUGCAUGUUUCAAAUAUAGAAUCAUACCAGAAAACUCAUUUAAAUUCUCAAAAAACGGUGAAUUUAUGUUCGAAAAUCACUGUAUAUUUAUUGAUUCCGUAAACUAUUUCAUGAGGAAAGGCAAAUGUGAUCAAACUAAAGAUGUGGUCCCCGGAAAGUGGACAUUUCAGACCUCAGAUCUGACAUCUAAUACGGGAAUUCUCAGCUUUGAACAAAGAGACAAUACGCGCGCGUGGUGUGCGACGCACGUGACAGGUGCGAUACCGGAUGUUCACUUUAAAGAGCAGAUGGCGCAGGCAUUGCCUUGCAACAACGGUUCUGCCUAUCAGGUUUGGUCCUUCAUGUAUAGACUGGCCGACUUAUGAGUGAAUAUGUUUCAUGCUGGUGAUAAAUAAAGCAUAAUUUACCUUUUCCGGGAUUUUUGUAUGCAUU